AUGUCCACCACGACUGCCGAUGCCUGGCCGCAAUCAGGGGAGGCCCCUUCUGCUCUUCCACAAUACGACUUUGCUGCCCCCCCCUCUCGCGUCGACUUCUUUCUCGACCUCCUCGUUCGCUUCGCCAUCGACGGGGUGCAGCGCGCGAUCACGGCCCCGGCGGAGCGGCUGAAGGUGCUCACCACCGUGGAAGGGGAGCUCCAACGUCAGGGCCGGCUGCCCGCCUCGCACGGGUUUGAAGGCGUCUUCGGCUGCGUUCGACGGGUGUGGCGGCGGGAAGGUGGGCGGGGGUUCUUCCGCGGGGUCGGGGUCGACCUCGUGCUCUCCCUCCCCGCCGGGUUUGUGGAUUCGCUGAGCAUGAGCCUCGUCUCCAGGGUCGUCCAGGCGGUCGUGCCCGCGUCCCUGUCGGAUACGAUCGGCCUCCCGGCCGCACUGGCGAUCACGAUGGGCGCGACCGCCCUCGCCGUGGUGGUGGCCUCCCCCUACUUCGCGCUGCGUCGGAGUAUUAUGACGAACUUCAUGGCCGACAUCGUCGCCCCACCCCCUUCCCGCGCGGAGGCCGAGGCCGCCGUGAAACCAAACCGCCCCCUCGAAGUCGACGAACCCACAACGGAGGCGGCGGCGAAGGAGGCGAAGGAGAAGGCGAACCGUUCGAUAGAGCCGGAAUGCUACCUCUACGGCUCCGCCACCGAGGCGACGCAGAGUAUUUACCAUCGACAAGGCCUCCGCGCGUUCUACCGGGGGGCCCUUGUUGAUCCCAUUCUUGUUAUGGUUUACCGCGGGCUCUACAUCGGGGCCUCGCUGCUGAUCCCUUCGCAUCUGCAGGAGGAUCAUCCGUACAGCAUCGUUGCGGGUCUCUCGCUUGUAUCUGACGUCCUCAUGCAACCCCUCGAGGUGGUGGGUCGGCGCUUGAUUCUAACCGCCUCUGACGACACGCACCCCCCGUACAAUGGAAUAAUCGACUGCGCGAAAUCCAUUGUGCGUGAAGAAGGCGCGACCGGUCUUUGGAGGGGACUACGGUGUCGGGUUGCGAUCAAUGCCGUGGGAUUGGUUAUUCGGGUGAUAUUAGGAAAUUUGUAUGUACAUGAGUAG